UAUUGUUCUCUGCCUGCAAAUUAGGAAGUGAAUUUGUGAAACACAAGGAAGUGGAUUUUAGCCUCUGGUGUGAAGCGCAGCAGUUGGGAAGAACUUGGCCUGCUUGAGGUGUCAGCACUGGAGCAUCUUCAGUGAAGCUUCAAGCCCCAGACCCUGGAGCACCUUCAGACCCUGCCUGAUCCCAGUCAUCACUGUGUUUCACACAGCCUUCUCACCUGGGAACAAGCUGAGACAAAACUAAGCAGCCAUUUUGAUGUUGGGCGAGGUCCAGCUCCAGCCUCGGAGCCUGGAGGUACUGAGCGGAGACCAGGCGAGGUUCAGCUGCAGCUCAGCCACCCCCUGGCUGGUUCUGACCUGGUCCGUUAACCGGCGGGCAGUGAUGACCAUUUCGGCAGAACACGGCAUCCUCUCCAACAGCGACCGCUUUACCGCUGCAAACUUCACGACUGCCGCCUCCUCUGUGUGGGAGCUCACACUCUGGAAUGUGACACGUGACUACACAGGUGAUGUCACCUGUGACCUCCAAAACAUUGGGAGACAAACAGCCACUCUGUCUGUGCAAGUGUUGGGCGAGGUCCAGCUCCAGCCUCGGAGCCUGGAGGUACUGAGCGGAGACCAGGCGAGGUUCAGCUGCAGCUCAGCCACCCCCUGGCUGGUUCUGACCUGGUCCGUUAACCGGCGGGCGGUGAUGACCAUUUCGGCAGAACACGGCAUCCUCUCCAACAGCGACCGCUUUACCGCUGCAAACUUCACGACUGCCGCCUCCUCUGUGUGGGAGCUCACACUCUGGAAUGUGACACGUGACUACACAGGUGAUGUCACCUGUGACCUCCAAAACAUUGGGAGACAAACAGCCACUCUGUCUGUGCAAGAGGGUGGGACCGUGGGCAUCUCUGGCGGAAAUGUGACAUCGAGGAAGGGGAGUCGCGUGCUCUUUCGGUGCCAGGCCUCUGACUGGUUCCCUGAGCCACAGGUGACCUGGGCAUUGGGUGGCCAGGAGGUGAACAACACCAAUAGCAGCAGUGUGAAUACCCUCAGUGGCCUGUUCCACUCCACCACCUCCCUGCUCGUCCUGGCAGAGGAGAGUACAUGGGUGGAGUGCCAAGCCUCCAUACCCGCUCUCCCUACCCCCAAAACCCACAGCGUCUUCUUAACCAUCAUUGAAGAUCCUGGGGGAGAGGGCCAGAGGGUUCUGGUUGUGGCGCUGGUGUCUGCGCUGGCUGCCCUGCUGCUAGUGCUGCUCAUCACCGCCAUUGUUUGCUGGUGCAGGAGUCGCACGAACUAUGGCAGGUACUUGUGCUGA